AGCCAGCGCCAACUAGAAUCAUUUCGAGAAUGCAGGGGAAGUGUGUACUACUCUUGUGUUUUUCUUAGAGUUUGUGUUUAUUUCUUGUGAGAUCGAGUAUUGAAACUGUUUGCGAACGUUAGCCUCUUAACCAGUGAUCGCUAAUGCUUUCACGUGAAUGUGUGUAGCAAACUUGAAUUAUUUUGUAAGAAAUUUUCUACGGAAAGACAGUUAGUCAGACAAUAUGGCGGAUAAUGCACUCGGAUACUCUGACACCCAAAAAUUUUGCUUUGAGUAUUACGAGAAGAAUUCCUGCAAGAAGCUCGGGUGUGCCUUCAUCCACAAGAAAAAGGCAAAUAUCGAAGUCGUCCAAGUGAAGGCUAAGGAGGGCUUCGUGAUCGGGAGAUGUAGCAGCAUCCCCCUCUGCCGCUACUUUCUGAGAGGGUACUGCACACACGCAGGCAAUUGUCGAUUCCGCCAUGAAAUUAGGCCAGUAAACAAGCUUAAUGUACCAAAUACUACUAGUAAUCAGUCCUCAAGCACAAAUACGCCAUCUACCUCUGCAACUGAGUUGCGCUUGCAAGACGCCCAUAAGAAUGCUAAGAAUGGUACGAAACUAACAGAAAUUGCUUCUGGUAACGCUUCUGCACUCUCAAAUAUGAAUAAUAGCGAAUCUGAAGACACUCUCAUGCCCAGUACCGAGGGAGCAACAUGUUCCCCACUAAAAGAUUCCCUUUGGGUGAACGCACCAGAAUUCGUGCCAAAAUACAGCAUUGUCGCGAAACCUUUAAGUUACGCAGCGGCUGUCAACCCAAACGGAGCUGUCGCAAAUAACAACAGCACAAAACAACUUUGCCCAUACGCUAACAAAGAUGGUUUCUGCAAGUAUCCCCCAGGUGAAUGCAGUUACCUCCACGGAGAAAUUUGUGAUUUGUGCGGCAACGCCGCGUUACACCCAGUGGACGAAGAACUACGAAAGAAACACCGCCAAGACUGUAUUAAACAACACGAGAAGAACAUGGAACUCUCGUUUGCCAUUGCCAGGUCGAAGGAGAAGAGUUGCGGGAUUUGCUUCGAGGUAAUUAUGGAGAAGGCGAACGGUGAACAGAGAUUCGGGAUCUUGCCCAAUUGUAACCACUGCUUCUGCUUGAGCUGCAUCAGGAAGUGGAGACAAGCGAGGCAGUUCGAGAACAAGAUCAUCAGGGCUUGCCCCGAGUGUCGCGUGACGUCUGAUUUCGUGUGCCCGAGUUUGUUCUGGGUGGACACGAAAGAAGACAAAAACAAGUUAAUUGAUGAUUACAAGACGGCACUUUCUACAAAAGACUGCAAAUACUUCGAUAAAGGGGUUGGUAAAUGCCCAUUUGGGAACAAAUGUUUUUAUCGUCACGCGUUUCCUGAUGGUCGAGUUUGUGAUGUUGGGCCGCCGCCCCGUCAGAGACGUGCAACUAGAGGGUUUGAUAAUGCUGCGAUUGAAGUUCUUCAGCAAGUUAUCUUGUGGGACUUCUUGGAUGAGAGAGAGAAUCCGUGGCAGUCUCUAGCGGAAGAUUUAGAAGAUCUGGCAGAUUUUUUUUCCGAUUCCGAUGAGUCAGAUUGGUCUGACUACGAUCUGUUUAUAAAUUAGACAGUCUAAUAGUUUGAUUUCACUUCAACGUUUCAAUUCAGUUUUGUAUUUAUGGGUUUAAGUUGUUAAAGUGAAGAAAAUUAAGUAAGCAGAAGUCUUUAUUCCUGUUAAUAAUUUCUUGUAAAUAAUGUUUGUUACAAUGGUAUUGUCUUAUUUAAUAGAAGGAGUAUAGCAAUGACACGAGUUAUUGCUUGUAACUUAGGAGUUAGAGAAAAUGUUCAAGCCUCUCUGUUUUUUUUUUAAGCUAUACAUUUAAUGCAUAUACAUUUCUUUGUUGCUUCAGCCAUGUGUUAUUAACAAUUUUAUGAAAUAUUUUAAUGCUUUUGUUUAACACAUAGCUAUGCAACUGUAGUGUAUUGGCCAUGUUUAAAUAUGUAUUCAAAUUUGUGUUAGUACCAGAGAAACCUCUGAUGUUACUUUGUUUCAAAGGCCAGUACCGUUUAUAUUUUUUCCAAGAAAAACAUUUUUGCCUUAAAUACUGACAUGAGGAACGUCAUGUAAUUUGAUCUUGUUUCUCAUUAAUUCCAUUACUUGGCCAUUUAGUUAGGUUUUGUUUUGAAAAAACGUUUCUCAAUUAUUAUAUACGCAGUUUUUAUAUAUAUUAUUAGCGCAUGUCUCCAGGGCGACCAGUUUUUACAUAUUACACCGCAGCUAUGUAGUUUCGUUUUACCUCAUUGUAAAUUCAAUAUCUUGUCAAUAAAUUUGUUGUCACUCUAUAAUUGCGUUUCUCAUGGUGCUCAUGCAGAUAAAAUUGGAAACGGGCUGCAGAACAGAGCCUGAUACAGAUCUGUGAUUGUUAGCUUUGUAGGAUUAAAAAGUUUAGUUCUAGUAUACCGUUGAUUCAUCUUAUCCUUUUGUUAUUGUCAAAAACUCAAAUUAAACAAAUUUCAAAAUAGUAAGACAUUUCAAGCAAUACUAAAUGUUUACCUAGAGCUUGUAUAUUGUCCUAUAGGUUUACACUGUUUUGCUUGUGUAUGUUCAUUACAACAUUAGUCAUUAUAUUUUAGUUCAUUUGCUUGUAUUAUAUGUAUAUUAUUAAAACAAACUUGGUUGGGGUGGAAUAGUUUUAAAAAUAAUUUCCAGUAUAUCCAACCCAAAAUAAAUUAAUUAUUAUUAA